UUCUGCAUUCUGUUCUUCAUCCGACGAGUCGCUUCGCAACACCCACGCUCAGGCUCAAACGCACGCUCGAACGAGUUGGAGGAACGGGAAACUCCCCCGGAAACUGUCAUUGACGAUCCUUUCAUCGAUGUGCUGGACAAGGUCGUGACGCUUCCACUGGCCAGAUAUGGCUCUGGCAGAUGCUCAUACCAUGGUGAUGCUGACUCCGCCCACGACUCCGCCUCAGCCACUGCGCUUGGCCUCCGCUCCAGCGGUGUCCCCCACGCCGCGGCUUUCUUUGACGCAGGCUGCGUUGCUGGAGCCCACCACACUGCAGGCUUGGAGCCCGUCAGCUCGGAGGACGUGCCCUUUAUGCCAAAACGAUCCAGCGAAGGUGCCCGACCGCGUGGUGCAAAGCCCUGCCGUGGCGACGUCCCGCGCGACCACGCCGCCGGCGUCUGCGCUACUGCCGAUGAGGCCUGCGAGUGCAGACGCGCGACCCUUCAAUAGCUUUAGCCUUGGACUGCCCACGCGUCGAGGAGGCAGUGGCACUUCCUCGGGUUCUCGUGCUGGCCCACGCUUUGUUACCAGCCCGCGGACCACUGCCACCACGCCCAGAACAGAGACCAGGCCUCAGGAAUGGAACAAGGAGCAGUCGACCCUCCGCGAUGCUUGGGUCGACCUUUCUACAUCCAAUGAGGACUCAGAGAGGACGCCGGACGCGCAGCGGCUACGCCGAGUUUGUAAGGUCUUGGUGCCGGUGGUGAAUCAGAUCGAAGAUCCCCUGAUGAGACAAGUCAUGGUAGCCCUCUCCGAGGAGCUCUUUGUUGCAGUCUUCAAGGACUACGUGAGGCUUUAUGAGCCGCAGAAGGACGGACUUCAAGGGAAAGCUUUGCCGCGCAUCGCGGAGGAGCAGCUCUCCAACCUGGUCCCCUUCUUCUCGGUUGUGCAGAACCUCCGAGAGACGGCCAAGGACGCCAUUCUUCGGAAGCUGGAGCUCGAAGCGCAGGUCUCGGGCACUGCUGCCGAGCGGAGCGAUGCCGAGGAGCGCCGCGCCAUCGAUGAAGUGAAGCUUCGGGAGGAGCUGCGGCAUGCCCACCUUUUGGCUGAGACCUACCAGGUGAGGACGGUGGAGCUGGAAAAGCUGCGGAUGGACUUGGAAAACAAGGUGCGCCAGCUGCAACUGGAGCGGAGCCGGGACGAGUUACAACGGCGGAAGCUCAGCAACGAGGUGAAGCGCCUCAGGGCAGAGGCAGAAGCAGCCAAGGUGGCCAGGGCUGCCUGGGAGGCUGAACGCCGUCAGUCGGCAGCCCUUGGCCGCAGCACCACCUCCACCCGAGCGAGCGACUCCAACGAGGCCGGCCGCCGACGCACCACGGGCAGCUCCUUCGGGCGAGCGCUGCGACCGGAUCCCUUCGGAGGCUCCAGGUCCUCCGGUGUUUCCAGGAACGGCGGAGGAGCGUUUUCGGAGCGAGAGCGGCGAUCCGGGAUGCUGGAACACCACGCAAGUCCCCGAGAGGAGGCAGAGUCCGCAGCGGACAGGUCGCCUCCUACCCGACGAGAGCCGCGCAGCACCGGCGGAGUUCCACCGUAAAAAAGAAAAUGGAGCUGCCAGCAUCGAUCAGCCGAUAUCAGCCGCCUGCCGCCUGCCAUGCCACACGCAACAAACAGCACUUUCUGGUGAGAUGAUGUGAGAUUGGAUGCCCACCCAUCUUCUGAGCCACGGACAUGGCUUCGAACCGGAGUUGAAACAGGAUGUUGAGAGAGAGAGAGCCGCCAGGUGGUUUGGAUUUGGUUUGAGAUUUUGAGGAAGUAUACACUUGCUUG